AUGGGCUUCUCUUUCCGCUCACACUCUUCUUCGCCUCAGCCACCAAGAUCCAGUCAGUAAUAGGUGCACCUCUCCUCUUGUUCCAGCAUCACCAGAACCACGCCGUCCGGUCCACCCCGAGAGGAGAGCGCAGCCACAGGCCACAGCGGCAUGCCGGCGACGCCGACCAUCAUCGGUGCCCUGCUGGGGCUGGGCACCCAGAUGUACUCCAACGCCCUCCGGAAGCUCCCCUACAUGCGCCAUCCCUGGGAGCAUGUGCUGGGAAUGGGUCUGGGUGUAGUGUUUGUAAACCAACUGGUGAAGUUUGACGAGAAGGUCAAGGUGGACCUUGACAAGAUGCUUGAGCGUGCGAAACACGCCAAUGAGCAGCGCUACUUUGAGGAAGACGACGAUUAGCUAUUCAAAUUUGUUUGGCGACAACCGGGCUUUCUGCAGUUUGCAUUGGUCAGAGAACAUCCAUGUGUAGUUUCUGUAUGAAGACUGUCUCGCGUUUCAUCUGCGGUAGUGUAAUAAACUGAUGUUUUACUAUGCUCGGGUUGUCCGGGAGACCAUUUACGGUACUUGAAUCUGAUUGAUUACCCUCUCUAAAGCAUUUUUAUUCAAGUUCAAAUGAUGACAUCA